CGACCGCUCCCGUUUUAUCCAGCGUAUGUGUUGGCUUGUUUCUAUGAGGAUUACGCGCAGCUGCCAGUUGCAACAUUCCCCAACCACGAUUUCAGUUUACCCAUUUCGUGCAUUCCAGAAUUUCAACAGCAGCUUCAGCAUUUCUCAAAAAUAUCUGUAUCCUUGCAAAGGAAAACUUUAGCUGUUAUUUUCUAUGCCGUCAAAAAGGAUUGUGGUAUGAGACUCCUUUCUCUAGAGUAGGAGAACAUCAGGAAGCGUUCAGUGUUGGCCAACGGUACUUAGGAUCCCCAGCUUUGUUGCAAAAAACAUCGUGAACGUAGCUGCUCGAAAUUACGUUCGCGGUGUGGAUUACGAUGUCUUCUCAAGAAAUGAGGAGGCACGCUAGCAGUAUGGUAUGAAGUAUGCUGUUUACGGAAAGCUACCCGGACUAUCCCAGCACGGUGAUGUUCCACGAACGGCGUUUACGUAUGGGCUUGAAGCUCAGCCUAGAUACACCGGGCAAUCCGCCAUGGUCGCAUUCGGCAGCUUCAACGCCCACCCUCGUGUCCACUCCCUCCUUCUGCAUCAAAACACGCACACCCAGUCUGUCGGCCGCCAACACACCGGCCAGUCCGUCGACCCAUCUGGAAAUCCUGCAGAGUUUAACGCUGCAGGGCCCAGUGGCCGGUACACCGACCAAUGAGUCCACGCCGUCGCUGCUCGGUUCGGCCAACAGUGUUGUGGCCAGUCCGAGUCGCGUGCCAACCGGCCCCAAGGCACUGCUACCUGAGGAACUGGCCAAGCGCAUACAGAUGCAAACGAAGAAACCUUACUUAAUAAUCGACUGCCGACCGGAAUUCAAGUAUCGGAUGAAUCAUAUUUGCGGUGCGGUGAAUGUGAACAUCGGUGAUCGGGUGUUGCGUCGACGACUCCAAAAUAGCAAACUUUGUGAUAUUAUUGCAACGAAGGAUGCCAAUGCCAAAGCCAAGUAUAGAAAACGUUUUCUACGAGAGAUCGUGGUCUACGAUGAUAAUACUAUGGAUUGGACUAGCUUGCCCUCAUUUAAUCCGAUCCACCUUCUUUUAAGCUCCUUGAAAAGCGAUGGUAAAGACCCGGCUGUGCUAAUAGGUGGUUUUGCGGACUUCUGCCAUCAGUUUCCGGAUUUAUGUGAAAAUUUGACAAUGAAAACGGCAACUGCCAAUCGGUUCUGUGGUUCACUGACAAGCCCCACCAAAUCCCCUCAAGACAGCGUGGAACUGGAGAAAGUGGAAGCUUCGCAGAUUUUACCCUUUUUGUUCCUGGGAAAUGAGAACGAUGCAAUGAAUAUGCAACUUUUAUCGGCAUGGAAUAUCAAACAUAUCCUCAACGUCACGUCGCAUGCACCGUGCCAUUUCGAAGAAAGCGGCAUUCGCUACAAAAGAGUUUCUGCUUGUGACAGUGGACAACAGAAUUUGCUGCAGCACUUCAACGAAGCAUUCGACUUCAUAGAAGAAGCCCGCAAAUCCAACAGCUCCAUACUGAUUCAUUGUCAGGCCGGUGUGUCACGAUCGGCAACCAUUGUUGUCGCUUACGUGAUGCAUCAUUUAGGCAUCUCCAUGAACGAAGCCUACAACUUGGUUAAAACCAAAAGAUCUGUGAUAUCGCCAAAUUUCAACUUUAUGGGACAGUUAAUGCAGUACGAAAAAGAUCUGAAAAAGUCAAAGGGAAUCAGUGGAUCAUCGUCGGACAUGGUUUUACCCAGUCCAAGCGGAAGUCAAGGAAAGCAGCAAAAGAUUUUCAGCAUAGAAACCAGCCUGUGAAGGAUAGUCGCAUGGAGCUUGACAUUAUCCGUCCAGUGAAUGUGGAACAUUCAACAAUCUCUCAGAGUUGGUCCUUGGCAAAUGUAAUUUGCUCUGUUAAACUGUGUCCGUUACGCUGCCUUUUACACUAUAAUUCCCGGCGUGUAAGCCAUAAUUCAGCGUUUAUUGUGGUUUAUGCAGUUCUUUUGAUCUCCCGUUCUGAUCUCACUACUUGAUGCUUGUGCUGUCCCGCAAGCGCUUACGACUAUCGGUUAUACGGAUGCUGCGCCUGUUUCAUGUCUUUAUGUAGUAAUUGAUUUGAAUGGGCGUGAAUUUUGAUCUGUCCGAAAGGACGAUUGUAAUACGCAUUUAGAUAUCGUUAUAGAUGUACUACUACUAUACAAAGCAGUUUUACUUAUUCGUAUUAAAGAUGUUGCG